CAUGACAUAUGCACCAGUUGAGAUUUUGGCUUUCGUCAGAUUCGAUUCUUGCAUGUCACAUAAAAAUGAUAAAGUAGUUGUAUGAAACUGUGGGAUCACUGGUGAUAGCAAGAGUACUCUUGAGUAGAUGAAGGAGGAAGACAGCGGUAUUAUUAUUCCAUGUCAGUGCUUCGUGUCGUGUAGUCCUCCAGCCUGGCUUGAAUUUUUGUUCUGUCAAAUUUUCAAGACACAGCGUCCUUGAUUUGUUUGAACGAGUGGGUGAAGAUCAAGAGUAGCAUAGUUUUUCAGCAAUUACCUCAGGCACUGUGUACUACAGUGGUGUAGAGUGGUGCAUGGUGCUCAGCGGGAAUGUCAUGGCACCAGUCACAGACCCGUUCAGCAGCAGCCGCCCCGUACCGUAGCUCACAGGCCCGUGCAUCUGCCACCGCUGCUGCCUAUGCUACCUGGUCACUAGGCGGUGAGAAGCGCGCUGGGUCUGCACCAAGCACUCGUCACUCGGCGGACAAUGCACGUGAUGUACGCCAGGCGCGACGUGGUGAUCAGGCGCCAGCUCCGACGGUAGCGUUUGACUAUGCAUCAGCACUGCGCAAAGGUGGGGCGCGGUCCACAGGGGCGGCUACAAGUCAACACUCUUCCAGCACCACAAACAGCAGCAGCGCCAGUCAAGAUCGCCGCCACGGUGUGUCUCCGCCGCCCCCGCUAUCCUCCGCGUCGGCGGCGGCCCGAGAAAGGCCGAUGACCAAGGACAGCGCACCCGGGCGGGAAGACCGACGACACCACGCGUCUAAGUCACCCAAGCCCAGCCGGGCGGAGAAGCGUGAUGACGGCUUUGAGGAGUUCACCAGUAAGAAAAAGAAGAAAAGAGCACCAGGCACCGCUGAAGGAAUCAGUGAGACUAGACCAGCAGGGAAAGCAUCCGGUAAACCUAAACAACGCCAAACUCAAGCAAAGCCAAAAACGACAUCCGCACCAGCAAAGGCAGGGGCAGCAGCGGCAGCAGCAACUGGGGCGAUGGUCAAACCGAAAUUUGGCAAAGCAGCAACCCUGGACUUGUUUGAUUUCGUUGCUAAGCCCUCAGCACCCCCAGUAGCAGGAUCAGUCAAGGUGGCACAGCGGCAAUCACGUGCAGUCCCAGUAUCGUCCACACCUGCUGCUGGCCAUGCUGCUGUUAAGCCAUCACCCAGUGUUUGGCCGUCGCUUGCACCGGCCGCUCCUGUCUGGCCAGCCGUCCCCGGCAUUGCAUCGACAGGCGCACAGAAAACGCCAGCACCACCGCCGCCAGCAGCAGCAACAACAGCGGCGACGGUAGCUACAACUUCGGCCGCAUCGUCGCAAAAGGCGCCUAGCGCGUCCACAUCAGCACACGCCACAGCAGCGCAAGCACAAGCCAGUCAACGGCAGAAACACCAGCAGCAAGCUUCCGUCCCUCGCAAUGUGCUCGACUCCACUGCCCCUCUGGUUCGUCGUGGCAAGGAGAGAGAAGGUGGACGCAAGAAGAAGCCCACGGCUCUGAAGCGAACUAUCUUGCAGGAACGAGAAAGUCGUCGUCAAGCUCGUGAGGCAGCGGCACCAUCGAAUUCCGCCGGCACUGCAGAUGCUAAGUCACCUGAAGAUGACAAUGCCACUGAUGAUGAACAUGAUGAUGACUGUGUGGCUGAUGCAAUGGAUGCAGCUGAGAGUGAACAUACAUACAGUAUUGGUGCUGGUGAUGAUGAUAUUGACAGCGGUAGGGCCCAUCAAGAUGUUCUCUUGACCAAUGGUGACUCGUUGGAUGCUGCCAGCGCCACUGCUGAGAGUCCUGCAGUUGCACUGUCGCUGUGUUCCGGUGAUGGGGCUCCUUGCAGUGCUGCUGAUGCUGCUGCUGCUGCUGAUGAUACUGCUGAGGACAGUGCCAGUGUCUGUGUGGAUACCCUGACAACAGCAGUGAGUGCAGCGUCUGUGGACGAUGCUGGUGAUGUCACUGAUGAUGUCGCCGCCAUGGUCUUGGAUGACGAUGAGGAACAUGUGGAUGACACUCCCAACAACAAUGCUGACGGUUGCAUGCCCAAAGCUGGCGUUCUGCACAGUCGACGAUUCAGAGAGUACUGCGAUCACAUGUUAGAAGCCAGCAUUGACGAAGUGGUCAUUCUCCUACUGCAGAGAAUCAUCUUCUUUCAGGAUCGGGCACAUCGUGACAAUCCGCUGAAGGCUAAAUACCGACGUCGCUAUGUUAUAGGGCUGCGUGAAGUCAAGAAGCACGUCAAGGCCAGGAAGCUGAAGUGUGUAUUGAUCUCACCCAACCUGGAACGCAGCAAAAAUCCAGGUGGUCUAGAUGACCAGGUGACGGAGAUACUGCAGCAUUGCCAGGAGCAGGAAGUGCCGGCUGUGUUUGCGCUGAACCGUCGCAAGUUGGGACGUACCAUGCACCGCAAGACACCGGCUAGUGUUGUCGGGUUGUUCAACUACGACGGUGCUCAGGAUCACUUCCAUGAGCUGAUGAGCAGGGUCCGAGUCGCUCGAGAUCGUUACGUAGCAGCACUGGACUCCGCUGCAGCACCGAUGCCCGCUGAUAAGAGCUCUACUGCCACUGCUGCUGCUGGUGGUGCUGCUGGUGAUGUUUCCUCUGUCACACCUUAGUGCAUGGGGUGAUCCUCCUCACGUCCAUCUUGCCUGCUAAGUUUCUGCAGUGGCACGGGCUGGGGAUUUUCAUUCAAAUGCGUUGAAGACUCUGCCGUGAACGUGUCCACUUCUCGUGGUGUUCUGCAGCACAUGAUUGUACAUGACUACAUGACUACACGACUGCAUGACUACACGACUACAUGACUGCAUGACUACAUGUAUCAGUUAGCACCUGUCCCAAUACUGUCGACAGCAAGCACCUGUUAGUAUGCACUACAGUGUUGUGUUGAUAGGCCAUUGUGAGUUGACCGUUGUCUUCGA